AUUCCCUAUGAUGAAUGUGAUCACUUUGUGUAUCGAAAGAGUACCAAUACAAUUAAUUUUUAAAAUUUCUUCCCAGAUUUGAUAUAAAACACAACAAACGAAACCCAAUCCAGAUACACAGCACAUAAAGUUAUAAAAAUAUCCACACUAUUUUAGCUCUCUUCUGAGUCUUUACAGGGGACCAGCAAGGUGCUAUAAUGACCAGUGUCCUGCAUAUUUCAGAAAUCAUAUUCUGUUCUCAAUCACAUUCAUGUCCAGGGGAGUCAAUGAAAAAGAAACAGGGAGAGACAGAUGGACACACACACACACACACACAGUUCUUGAAAAUUAAUAAAAUGUUACACAGUUUGUGCACUUCUUCCUUUUGCUCCUGCACUGAUUUCUUCCUUGCACACUAAUCCUCACUUGUGUCUAAUCCAUACUUACUCUUACAGGCAGAAGAAUUUUCUAUGGAGUGUGAGGAGGCAAAUCAAGCCUAUGUGAACUUGGGUUCUGCAGCUCUAUGUCCUAAAUUGUUCCUAAGUAGAAAUCAUUUAAUUUUUGUUAAAUGAGUAUGUGUGGGGGUGUUGGCCAGAGGUAUGUAUGAGAUGGGUAUGCAAAGGUAAGGAACUUUUGGAGCCACAUGCCUGAAACCUCCCAGAAUACAUGGUUAGACAUUAAAAGAUAGCCUACAGGCCCCAAGUCCAAGUAGGAUCAAACACAAUGCCUUAAGGAAUGAAUGUUCUGGGCCUCCUGCUCCCCAUAUUCCAACUUAUUACUUAGGCUGGCACUAAGGUCAAUUAUGUAACAGACCACCCCAACCUUCCCCUGUGCCCUGUAUGAAUUCCUGCACAGAUAAUAGUCCUUCCUAUGUCCAUUGUCCUUUACUCUUGCUUCCUGGUUCUAUCAGUAAAAAGUCAUAGUGGCUACAGUUAGGGGCUGCUCUUUAUGACACUUUGUCAUGCUGAGGGGUCUCCAUCAAGGGCAGCCCCUCUGGGCCCUCUUGGAGUUUGACUUGGACACUGACUCAGAGUAUUCUUUUGUCCUUUGUACCAUGCCGUGUUCCUGAACUGUGACAGGUGUUGCCUGUGUGAGGAGCAUGUGAGGAAUAAGUGGGUACAACUCACUGCGAGAGGACUGACCUCCUAAAGCCUAGAAAAGGAACAAGGACGUCCAUAAGGGUUUCAACUUCUAAGACAACAGCCUUGAUUGAUAAAAUCCAUUCCGCAGACAGGAGUAAAUCCUGUGGUUUAAAAGGCAAUAAAAUUAGUCCUAAGAGCCCUCUGUCUACUACUUCAGUGGAUACUGCAUGCUGAAGACGUGAUGACCUUUCUCCACCAGGCCCAAUAUCCCUCCUCCCUUCACCCUAUCCUUCUUUCACAAACCCAUGUACAAAACAGAAAAAGGGGGAUAUGUGGAGGCAUUGGCCAGAGUUUGUUCCAUCGGUACCCAGUUGUCUUCAGCAUGAGGGAGCAGAACCACUCUGCUGGGAAGGAACUUCAGCACAGGACACAAGCAGAAGCUCCAGGAAUAAAAAGCUGGAACUCUCAGGCCUACACCCUUGGGGCCAUUUCCAACUUUAUGUCUACUUUUCUGACUUUUCCCAUCUAUAAAGUUGUGUUCCGGCAGCAGAUCCAUGCUGUGGCAGUGUCAGAGGCUGUGAGACAGCUUUGGCAUGAAGGCCCUCAGUACUUCUACAGGGGAAUCUACCCGCCUCUUCUUUCCAAGACGCUGCAAGGGACUCUACUGUUUGGGACUUACGACAGUCUGCUGUGCUGUCUCUCCCCUGUUGGGCCACACUCCCUGAGACACCGCUGGGCUGCAGGAUUCAUGUCUGGUGUGGUGGAGGCUGUGGCACUGAGCCCCUUGGAAAGAGUGCAAAAUGUGCUCCAGGAUGGUCGCAAACAAGCUCGCUUCCCCAGCACCUUCAGCAUUCUCAAAGAAUUCAACUCUUACGGUUUUUGGGGACGGCUGUCACUGGGCUAUUACCGUGGUUUCUGGCCCAUCCUUGUUAGGAACAGCCUGGGGAGUGCCCUGUAUUUCUCUUUCAAGGAUCCCAUCCAGGAUGGCUUGGCAAAGCAAGGCCUGCCCCAUUGGGUUCCUGCCUUGGUGUCUGGUAGUGUCAAUGGAACAAUCAUUUGCCUAGUUUUGUAUCCUCUGAUUGUGCUAGUUGCAAAUAUGCAGUCCCAUAUUGGCCGGCAGAGGAUGCCAAGCCUGUGGGCCUCUGUGCAGGAUGUGUGGGACACUCGGGGUCGAAAGAUACUUCUGAUCUACCGAGGAGGUUCUCUGGUCAUCCUACGGUCCAGUGUGACAUGGGGGCUCACCACUGCCAUCCAUGACUUCCUGCAGAGGAAGUCUCACUCCAAGAAAGAGCUGAAAGACUGAUUAGCUGCAGGCAGUGUGGUCAUGACAUCUUGGUUCUUCUAAAUCUUUCCUGGUUAGUUUCCAUAUAGCUUUAUUCUUUAGGCUUGGUUACCUAAUACAGGCAUUCUUUAGCAUCUGUCAAUUGUCGUUGCAUGGGAGAAGUUUCCAGCUAUCAGCCUGUUGGGCACAAACAGAGCCUAGCAGCAUUCCUUGGUCAGAGAGAGAAAGUUACUCCAGUCUACUCCCAGCUUCAAUAGCCUCAGAGCCAGGAGGCCCUUAAAUAACUUGUAACCCAGAUUGAAUGCCAUUCCUUUAAGGGAUUUCUUAAUAAGAGGAAGCUUAAGAAGAUGACCAUUUUGAGUUUUUGUACCCCUUCAUGUAUCUUUCAAGUCAAACUGAGUAGAACUCCAUUUCAAAGAAUGGUUCUUGAAUCUGAGGAGUCCAUACAACUUCUCAGAUGGCUACACUUUCAUGAUGUUGUUCGGUGUCCCUCCCACAGUCGCUCUCGCAUCUUCAGACUACGGUCCUAGUUUCAGGGUAGCAGCUGUGACUGGAAAUCCUAAACUGGCUUGUUUCACUCCUUGGGUGCCAUAAGAAUAGGUGGGGCUGGAGAUGGGAGUGAGCAGAAAUGUGGUCCUGGUUAGAAAGAAUAAAGACUUUCAAGGGUGACAUUUACUUAUGUGCAAAAAUAGGAAAAUUUAUUUUAGGUUGCUUAUUUUUAUCUGCUAGGGCAUUUUUGAUGGCAAGAUGAUUUCCUUGCUGAGAACCUGCUUGAGUUUCCCUAAGAAAUCUGGGAGUGAAAUGACCAUAUCUAUUCACAGAUAAUUGCAUAUUUUGUUGAUGUGGAUGUAUUACUAUGACAUAAAGAUUAGAAAUCUUAAACUGACUUUCAGAGCUAUUCAAAAUAUGGUCCCCAUAUAAUUUUCAACAUAUUAUCACACAGCUCCCACUCUCACGGACCCCAUACGUCAACCGAAAUGAACUGUUGUCCUCUCUCCCAACAUGCCGUGAACUUACCCAUGCCGAUACUUCGACUCAUACUAUUUUCUCCACUUGCAGCUCUCCUUAUUUUGACCAUUCUGCCAAGGUUCUUCUGGUUCCUAAAGUCUAGUUCAGACCCCACCUUCUCUGAGUCUUUUCUCUAUUUUUCCCAACAGAAUGUGACAUUAGUCUCUUACUAUUUCCCUUUACAAAAGCACAUCAGCAUGCCACUGAUUCCAUUAUGUCACUGACCCAUGUGGCCUUGUGUUUUUGAUGUUCUUCAAUACCUCCUAGUAGACUGUAAAACUUUUUGAAAGCAGGGAUUCUUAUAUGCAUUUUUAAAUCCUCCAUUGUGCCUAGGUGCUCAAAAAUGUUGGUAAAUUUUGGAAUUGAUUAUGAAGCUGUGAUAUGGUCUGUAUCCUCAGGGUGUUGUCCCUUCUACAUGAAGACAAUGUUACUGAAUCAAUGUCAGCAAGACACAUACCUUUGGGGGUGUGUUUUGUUUUCUUUUAAUAAUGCACUAAUUUUAUGCUAACAAUCAUAAUGCCAUGAUGAUAAUACUAAUAAUAAAAAUUACUUUAACUGGAACAUUU